AUGAACCCGGACGCUUUGACGCGUGGACUGCUCUUCCUGUCUCUCGCCGUGACGGGCGUCCCAGGCAACGCCGUCGUCAUCUGUGCCUUCCUCUCGCUGGCGUAUCACGACGGGCAUCUCUCGCCCGCCGACGCCAUCGUGCUGCACCUGGCGUCCGCUAACCUCGCGGUGGUGGCCGUGCGCUGCCUGCUGGAGGUCCUGGCCACCUUCGGCAUCUACAACGUGUUCGACGACACCGGCUGCAAGGCGGUCAUCUUCAUCUACCGCACGUCCAGGUCUCUGUCCAUCUGGCUGACGUUCGUGCUGAGCGCGUAUCAGUGCCUGAGCGUGGCUCCGCCGGGCUCGCGGUGGGCCGGCAUCCGUGCUCUGGUCGGCCAGUACCUGGGAGUCAUUUUCCUGGCGUUAUGGCUGAUCAACACCUCUAUGAGCGUGGCCCCGCUGCUGUUCGCCGUAGGGGCCCGCAACGACUCCAAACUUACACAGAACGCCAUCAACGUCGAGUUCUGUUUCCUGAGCUUCCCGUCCAGGCUGUCGCGGGACGCCAACGGCGCGGCCCAGGUGGGGAGAGACGUGGUGCCCAUGGCACUGAUGGCGACGGCCAGCCUGGUCCUCCUGGUGUUCCUGUACCGCCACAGCCGGCGGGCGGAGGCUCUGCGGAGCGGCGGGGCGAGGCAGGGCCUGUCUGCGGAGCGGCGCGCAGCCGUCACUGUCGUCACUUUAGUCACGCUGUACGUGCUGUUUUACGGGGUGGACAACGGGCUGUGGGUUUACACACUGACGGUGCCUCAGACGCUGGGCUCCUCGCUCAUCUCAGACCUCAGGAUCUUCUUCUCCUCGCUGUACGCCGCCGUCAGUCCCCUCGUGAUCAUCGUCUCAAACAAGAAAGUGAGCCAAAGAGCCAAAGACGCCCUCGGACGCUGCUCAGCCCCGUGA